AUGGCACCGGUCGCAUGCUCGUGCCGGGCCGACGCGCAGCUCGCUCAGAAUGGCUGUCGCCGUCUGAGCAUCAAGCCCGCGCCGGCGCCGCGCCUGGGCGGCGGGGCGCCGCGCCUUGGGUGCGUGGUUCCCAAGACCGGCGUAUUCGCGCGCGGCCGUCCGACGCGCGUGUCGUCUCCGCUGCACGAUGAGUCCAUCAAGUCGAUGGACGAGUUCGAGCCGCCGUACGCCCGCCUCAGCGUCCCCGUCUGGAGCCUGAGCACCAAUGGCACCUCCUGCUCCGAGGGGAGCUCCGGGUGCGACCCGAACGGCUCCGAGGAGGACGACACGCGCGAUUCGAUGAACAUCGUCACCUAUUUCACCCCAGUUGCGAUCAACCCGGAGCGCGCGGCCGUGAUCGGCCUGUACCGCCACACCGUCUCGUGGCGCAACAUGGGCUUCCACCAGCGCGGCGUCCUGCAGCUGCUGGGCCCGCAGCACGACAGGGCGGUGCACCUCCUCGGGAAGACCUCCGCGAACGACGUCGACAAGAUCGACGCGCUGGAGGACCUGGGCUACAAGGUGACGCAGUGGGAGGGCCACCGCGUCCUGAGCGACGCCCUGGCGUACAUGCUGGUGGAGUAUCUGCUGCCGCCUGCGUCGGACGUGAUCAGGGCCGGGGACCACGACGUGGCCGUGUGCCGCAUCGUCAAGUGGCAGACGAACGAGGAGCCCACCAAGGCGCUGUACACGGGCAAGCUGCGCGAGGAGGGUUACCUGUAG